AUGGUUUUAUAUAAACGUAAACAAGUACCAUUUAUACCACCACCUCAAACUCCAACUGAUUUAUCACAAGAAGUAUGGGUUAUACCAAAUACAAAAGAAUGGUUUUUAAGUUAUGAAGAAUUUUUAUUAAGAUUAGAUUUUUAUAAUAAAAGAAAAUUUGUUUGUGAAAUUACUGGAAAUUCAUGUUUAACAUAUUUUGAAGCAUUAACUUCUGAAUUAAAUGAAAAAAAAGAAUUGGAUAAAAAUUUCCCAGAAAAUUUAAGAGAACAUAUAUUAAGAUAUUUACAAUUUAAUAGAAUUUCAAGAUUAGAUCAAUUAGUUGAUAAAGUUUAUCAAAUUUUUAAAAAUGAUUAUUUUCCUGGUGAAAUGGUAUUUCUAAAAGGUUUAGAUCCAAAUAAUUUAUCAACAAAAUCAAGAGGGGUUAUAAGAGAAAAAGUUCAAUAUGGAGCAGAUAAAUCAACAAAAUAUUUAGUUAUACGAUCUCAUGAUAAACAACAAGCUAUUGUUACUGGUAAUAAUAUAUCAAGAGAUCGAAAUCAUUUUACAAAAUGGUUAAUUAAAACAUUUAUUAAAUUAACAAUGUCAAGAUCUCAUAAAGUUGGAGCUCCAUGGGUUGUUAAAUCACAAUAUGCAAAACAAUAUAAUAUUCCAUCAACUUAUCCAGAAGAUUUACGUCAAUAUAUUGAUUCAACUCCAAAUGGUGAACCUACAUAUAUUAUCCCCAAAAAGAGAAAAGCAGAACCCAAAGAUUUAAAUGAUGAAAAUUCAACAAAACAAAAACAAUCAAAAGAACCAGCAGAAAAGAAAAGAAAAAUUGCAAAAGAUGAUCAACAAAAGAAAAAUUCAACACCUACAACAAAUGAACCAAUUAUCCCAUUUAGAAAGAAAUUUCCAAAUCAUCAUUUACCUGAAAAUAUUGUUCGUGAAAUCGAAAUAGAAGAAGCAAAAGGUAAUUCCGCAUCAUCAAUAGCAUUUCAACAACCCACAAAGAAAACAAUUGUUGAAGAUUUGGAUAUAAGAUUUGAUAUACAACAUGGCAAACCAUCACCAAAAAUAUUGAAAAUUAAAAAGAAAUCGGAAAAUGAAUUGAUACCCUUAAGAGCAAUGUCAGAAGCUUUACAAGUUUGGGUUUUUAUGAAUGUUUAUCAUAAUGUUUUGAAUAUCGAUACUUUUACAUUUGACGAUUUUAUUUCUGCAUUAAAUUAUAAUUCAAUUGAAAUUGGUUCAACAAUGAUUGAUGAAAUUUUUUGUUCAUUGUUGUGUAAAAUUAUAUCAAAUGAAAUUCCAAAUAGUAAAGAGUCAAAAGCCGCAAAAGAAAAUGAAUCAAUAUUUGGAUUGAAUAUUACUUUACCAGAAGCAAUUGAAGAUGAUGAAGAAGAAGAAGAAAUAGACGAUAGUGAUGACGAAGAGGAAGAAAAUGGAAAAGUAAAGGAAGAAAAAACUACAAAAGAUGUGAAAGAAGAAGAAGAUAGAGGUUCUGAUUCAGAUGUAGAACAUAAGCCUUUGAAAAUUGAAGAUGAUGAAAAAGAGGAUAAAAAAUUAGAAGCAGAAGAUUCAGAUGCAAUGGAUGUUGAAUCAAAAGUAUUUGAUCAUUCAGCUUACGAAUAUUUAAAUUUUAAAGAUAUAUCAUGGCAUGAUAGAUUAAGAAGAAGAAAUUUUAAAGAUGGGAAUUGGCAAAUUGUUUUGAUAGGUGUAUUAUCAUUAGUUGAAUCAGUGCCUAAAUAUUUUCAUUUAGUAGUUGAUAUUUUCAAAAAAUUAGCACCAAAAAGUAUGCCAUUGAAUUUGACAAACUUACAAAAUAAUUUUGAAGAUUUAGAUAUAAAUUUGAAAAUACAAAUUUUGGGUAUAUUAACUGAAUUAUUGAUUACUAGUCCUUUGGUUAGAAAUUAUAUUGAAGAAAGUUUAGAACAACAAACAGCAUUGAGAAGAACAAGAUUAGAUAAUAUUAAAGAAUAUAGAGCUGAUUUAGAAUCAGCAACUGCAGCUCAAAAAUAUAUCGAUGAACAUAUACCACAAGAAGAAGAGCAACCACAAGAAGAACCAAACAAACAAGAGGAUCAAAAGAAACCACCACCACCAUCGAACAAACUUGGAAUUGAUUUGAAAAGGAUAGAUCCAUCACCCAAAGAAAUCGAGGCUAGUAGAAAUGAUCCAGAAUUAAAGAAACAACUAGCUAUCAGAAAAGAAUCAAUACUAAAGAUCUUUGAAUUCAAGAAGAGUAAAAAAUUUAUUGAACAGAAAUUAAAUGAAUUAGAUUGUCAAAGAGUUAAAUUAUUAGGCAAAGAUAGGGUAUAUAAUCGUUAUUGGUGGUUUGAAAAUAAUGGUUUACCAACUUUACAUAGUGGUUCAAAUGAAGAUGAAGAUGAUGAGGAUGAGGAUGAAAAAGAUAAAAGUGGGAAAAAUGAUGAAGUAGAAGAAGUUGUAGAAGAUGAAGAUGAAGAUGACGAUGAUGUAAGAGAUGAAACGUAUUUAAUGGGUAGAUUAUGGGUUCAAGGUCCAACUGAUACAGAUAUGAUUUCAAAUUUCAAAACAGAAAUUGAAGAAAUCAAAUCGUUGUUGGCUGAGUUGCCAGAUGAAUUUGAAGAAGAUACUGAUUACGAAGAAGCUGGAGAGGAACAAAUAACACCAGCACCGACACAACAAACACAAGAAGGAGAAGAGGAAUCCAUAAACAACACUACAGCAUCAACUCCUACUACAGCACCAACAACAAAAAAGAAAUCAAUAAAAAUGAAUUUUGAAAAAAUUCCCGAUAUUUACAAAACAAAAUUAUUAGAAAACUAUAACAUUAGAGUAACAAACACAGAUAUAUAUUUAAAUAAAGAAAAUGAAAUGUUAAUAAAUGAUGAAGGAACAUUACAAUUACCAUUAUCAAAAUUAAACAAUUUACAAAGAAAAUUCAUUGAAGAAAUAAAUUGUCCCAUAUUAAAUAGUUCAACUUGGAAAUAUUAUGAUAAUUCUCAAGAUUUAAAUAAAUUAAUAUCAUGGUUAAAUCCAUGGGGUAGAAGAGAAUCGUCACUCAAAAAAGAGUUGAUCACGGUAAAAGAAGCAAUGUUCGCAAGCAUGAAAGCAAGACAAAAAGCAAUGAAUAUAAAAAAUUUUAGAACAUCAAAGGAAAAUGAUAUAAUUGAAGAUAUUAAAUCAAUAAAAAAGAGAAUCACUGAACUUGUUAAAAUUGAAAAUAAUGAAAAUGGAGAGGAUAUAAAAAUUGAUGAACCAGAAUCAGAAAGUGUUGAAAUUAAACAAGAAAGUCCAACAAUAAAAGAUGUAGAAGAAAAUGAUACAGAUGAUUCAUUAUCACGAGUAUCAUCAAACAAUAUUAUCAAAAGAGGUCCAAGAAAAUCAAGAUCAACUCAACCACAACCACUGAAAAAAAAAUUUAAUUCAGUUAAAGAUUUAAUUGAACAUGGUUCAAUUCAACAACUUAAUGAUAAAAUUUCAAAAUUACAAAAACAAAUAAUACAAUUGAAUUCAGAAAAUGAAAUUAAUAGAAUUUUGGAAUGGGUCAAUUCAUCUGCUUUAGAUAAAUUUGGUAAAUCAUUAUAUGAAGGUGGUGAUAAAAAUAGUAAAACCUCAAGAUCUAUAACUUCAACAAAUACUAAGAAAGAAAAAUAA